UGCAAUGUGCGCAUAACGCCUCACAAUGAAUCCGUCGCAAUCAAGGGUAGAGCACAAAACUCACGUUCGGACAGUUUACGAGCCAAGGUAUGCGCAUUGUGCCCAAUUUUGUGGGCAAUGUGUGCGUCAUGAGUCGUUAAUGUCAAUGCUGCCAGGCUUCUGUUGGACACAUUUCAAACUAACUGUAAAAAUUUCGCGGAUGUUCAAAUUCUUUUGCAAAACUGCAUAAAAGGUUCGUGGGUAAGUAUUAGUGGUGUACUACUGUUAUCAAGUCACACCUCACCCCACUCAGCCGGCGACAGGUAAAUUGGUUAUAUCGCUAGUCCUGGUAUGACUCAAACUCGGACUUGUACCCAAUUUCCCCAUAAACCCGAUAAAUCUCAUGUCCGCUGGAGGCUUCGGUUUACCCUCGAACCAAAAGGACAACCUUUACAUGUUUAAGUUUGUAAACCAAUGUUCUAUAAUUUCGUUUACACUAAGGGUUGUCGCCAUUUCCAUCCCAUAUAUCUUCUAUCAUAUUCUCCUUCCUGCAAACGUAUUUUUCAUUAACCCUUUUUGUUGGAAUAUGUUUUUAUUCAUUUCCAGCUGUGUCAUUAAAAUUUUCAAUUGAAGGCAUCGUGAGUAACACAACGAAAACAAUUAUACAAGGAGAAGAAGAAGCAGAUACUUUGCAAGUGAAACCAAGAAUCGAGAAAUUCGAUGAACGAUUUGCAAUGGCCAUUGCUCGGAUUAUUCUCCGUCUUGAUUAUUUUGGCUCUGUUCGGUAACCUACUUGUUUGUGCCGCCAUAUUAUGGGACCGAUCGUUACGAAAACAACCGGAAAACCUUUUCCUUGUUUCUUUGGCCGUGUCUGACUUAUUGGUUUCAGUGUUGGUUAUGCUAUUUGCUGCAGUCAACGAUAUCUUGGGAUACUGGCCGUUCGGACAGUUUUACUGCCAAUUCUGGAUUAGUUUUGACAUCACCACAUGCACAGCUAGUAUAUUGAAUCUUUGCGCAAUUUCAUUGGAUAGAUAUUGGCAUAUCAGUCGGCCAAUGGUGUAUAUCAGGUACUGCAACCGUCGCCGUAUAAAUUACGUGAUAGUUCUGGUAUGGCUGAUAUCCGCAGGAAUUGGUGCGGCUCCAUUAGGCUUCGGUUUUGGGUCGAAAGUAACCAUCAAUAACCUAACAGGUCUACCCGUUUGCGAAAUGCGUCUACCGCUUCCGUAUGCAAUUGGAAGUUCAAUGGUGUCUUUCUUUUUACCAGCCAUGGUUAUGGUUAUCCUAUAUACAAAACUUUAUUUGUAUGCACGGAAGCAUGUGAGAAGUAUCAAAACCCAAUUGCAACAAGCUACUUCAUUUUUGAUAAUGCAACUUGCCUCAGAGAAAAUUCGCGAGGUAACGGCCGCAACUCUGAAGGGUGAAGCUCUCCUGCCUCCCGACUCGCCAGCCACCGAGAGGACUACGAUGACCGUCUCAAGGCACUACUCGAGGCGAUCAACGACGACGACAACGACUGCUACGCCGCGACGUGGCGACAAAAAAACUAGCUCGCAGAAUAAGGUGGAAUCAAUACGUACCUCAAUUUUUUCCAAGCUCAAUUUCUUGUGUCCGACGAGAUUCAAAAACCAACGGUCCCCACAAGAUCCUCACACGCCGGCAGCUCAUAAUCGCUCAAACAUCAGCGAUCAGAAAGCACGUCUUACAUUGGGUGUUAUUAUGGGAACCUUCCUUGUGUGCUGGCUUCCGUUCUUCACAGUAAACAUUUUGAGAGCUUGGCUCCCCGAAAUUUUCAGCUCUAAAACAAUUAUGGCAGUAACCUGGUUAGGAUACGCAAACUCUUCUGCCAAUCCAUUAAUCUAUAGCAUUUUCAAUCGUGACUUUAGACGAGCAUUCAAGAAGAUUAUUGUCAGAGUUUUCGGAUGCUGUUGGGAAGAGCCUGAUCUAAAUAAGUCAAUCUCGUCAAGAUAUGCUGCUCCUGACAAUAUAGAACGACGGCGUUCAUGCACACGGUCUUCCGAGUCAGCUCACGACAAUAACAACGAUGCGAAUGCAACUCGCCUGAAUCUUCUUUCGAAUAAUAACGAGGAAACCAUUCCGGAAUAGACUUUCAAAUUUUCCAGUUUUAUUGCAUGCUUUCUUUAUUCAAUUACCCUUCAACAACGAAACAAAUCUCUUUUUUCUACGAGGUUCCUUUUCCAGUUUGGUCUCAUUUUUCAUCUGUUUCUGUUUAUUUGUGUUUUGCUCUUUUUGUGGUUCAUAAUUUUUUUAAUCGACGGGACUUGAAUGAUCCGAAAUCAAUAUGUGUCCAAUAAUGAUCUGUUUUCAAAUGUUUUGUCUAAUUGGUUUUAUUUUCUUUUAUCGGUAAUAAAUUUAUCUCAAAAAUAAAA